AUGUUGCUCAAAGCAUUCUACGGACUCGCGCUCUUGCGUAGCGUCUCUGGCGCUGCUGUAGCUCGAAGACAGGCAGCAGGCAACAUCAAUGACUGUCCUGGAUACUCGGCAUCAGAUAUCGUCAACACAGACACUGGUCUGACCGCCAAGUUGACACUGGCUGGUACAGCAUGCAACGCCUAUGGCACAGACAUUCAGAACCUCCGCCUGGCUGUGAAUUACGAUUCCGAAAAGCGUCUACAUGUCAAGAUUGAAGACGAAGGCAAGAUCGCCUAUCAGGUCCCUACCAGUGUGUUCCCUACACCAGAUGCCAACAACUCGGUAUCGGCUGGUGAUGCAACACUUGAGUUCUCAAUGGAGCAGAAUCCCUUCAGCUUCAAGAUUACUCGUAAAUCUAACCAGGAAGUACUUUUCGAUACUUCCAAGUCACCAAUUGUGUUUGAGGACCAAUAUCUCCGUUUACGUACUUCUCUUCCCGAGAAUCCUAACAUCUAUGGUCUCGGAGAACAUUCUGAUUCUCUCCGCCUCAACACUACCGACUACACUCGCACACUGUGGUCUAGAGAUGCCUACGGUAUCCCUUCCGGCACCAACCUUUACGGCAACCACCCCAUCUACUUUGAUCACAGAGUAGAAUCUGGUACUCACGGAGUCUUCCUUCUCUCGAGCUCAGGUAUGGACAUCAAGAUCAACAAGACCGAAGCUGAUGGUCAAUAUCUGGAGUACAACACCUUGGGAGGUGUGAUUGACCUGUACUUCUUGGAUGGUCCCAGCCCUGUUGAGGUCGCGCAAGAGUACAGCAGUGUUACCCAAAAAGCUGCGAUGAUGCCCUACUGGGGCUUCGGCUUCCACCAGUGCCGUUAUGGAUACCGUGACUUCUACGCCAUUGCCGAAGUAGUUUACAACUAUUCCGCUGCUGCAAUUCCGCUUGAGACUAUGUGGACCGAUAUUGAUUACAUGUAUGAGCGCUACAUCAUGACUACCGAUCCUGACCGGUUCCCUCUUGCUCGUGUUCGCGAAUACGUGAACUACCUCCAUGAGCAUAACCAGCACUACAUUGUCAUGGUCGAUCCCGCUAUGGCUUACCAGACCGAACGCGAGAACGGGUUGCCUUACGAGUCAUUCCUGCGUGCUCGUGACCAAGGAAUCCUUCUCCAGAAGAACGGCUCCAUCUACCAGGGUGUUGUAUGGCCUGGUGUCACCGCCUUCCCAGAUUGGCUGGCAAACGGUACCCAGGAGUACUGGACCAACGAAUUUGCCAAGUUUUUCGAUGCUGAAACUGGUGUUGAUAUCGAUGCUCUGUGGAUUGACAUGAAUGAGGCCGCCAAUUUCAAUUACUUCGGAGCGAACCCUCAAGAAAGUGCUGAGGAUCGUGGGUUCCCUCCUACUAGACCCGCCAUCAGAUCUGCUCCUCGCCCUAUUCCAGGCUUCCCAGCAGCCUUUCAGCCAAAUGCUAGUAGCCCCUACCCUCCGGAUGAUCUUGCAUAUGCUCCUCCAUGGCUCGCUCCUGCUUCUGACCCUGGUGCCACUAAACGCUCAAUCGACGUCAAGAAGCCUGCCAAGCGAUCAGUCGGUCUGCAGUACUCUCCGCUUGAUAAGCGUCAGUCGUCCGCACGAAUUGGUUUCCCUGGUCGCAACCUUCUCGCUCCCCCUUAUCAAAUCGACAACGCAAAUACUGUCGAGGCUUACGGUGGCGUAUCUAACAACACUCUCGAUACUGAUAUCAUCCAUGCCGAUGGACACGCGGAGCUUGACGUCCACAACUUGUAUGGAACCAUGAUGAGCUCAUUUUCUAGAAACGCACUUGAGGCACGCAGACCUGGAAGAAGACCAUUGGUAAUUACUCGUUCGACUUUCGCAGGCGCUGGUAAGGCCGUGGGCAAGUGGCUGGGUGAUAACUUGAGCACCUGGGAGCUCUACCGUCAAUCUAUCCAAGGUAUGCUCGAUUUUGCCGCCAUCUACCAGAUUCCUAUGGUUGGUUCAGACACAUGCGGUUUUGGGGGCAACACGACAACUACGCUUUGUGCUCGCUGGGCAUCUCUCGGCGCCUUCAAUCCAUUCUACAGAAAUCACAAUGGAGACAGCUCCAUCCCUCAGGAGUUUUACCUAUGGGAAACCGUUGCAGAGUCAGCUCGCAAGUCUAUUGACAUCCGUUACAAGCUGCUCGACUACAUCUACACUGCUCUGCACAAGCAGACUGUUGAUGGUACACCUCUGAUCAGCCCAAUGUUCUUCCAGUACCCUCACGACAAAGCCACUUCUGCUCUCGACCUUCAAUUCUUCUAUGGCGAUUCUCUUCUGGUUGCUCCUGUCACCGAGGAGAACUCGACCAGUGUAGAUGUUUACUUCCCGAACGACCGCUUCUACGACUUCAAGACCUUCAAAACCGUCGAGGGUGCCGGUGCCAACAUCACCAUCUCGGAUGUCGACUUCACAGAUAUCCCCCUCUACAUUCGCGGUGGCAGUAUUAUUCCCAUGCGUAACGCAUCGGGCUACACGACCACUGAUGUGCGCAAGCAACCGUUCAACAUCGUCAUCGCACCAGGACGCGAUGGCAAAGCCAUCGGCUCCUUGUACCUGGACGACGGCGACAGCAUCAAGCAGAACGCAACGUCUGAAAUCAAGCUCGAGUACGAGAACGGCCAGCUGACUGUCUCUGGCUGCUUCGAUUACCAAGCUGAGGAUAACCGUGUUGUUCAAGUGACUCUUCUUGGUCAGAAGAGUCACUCUGGUCAGACACCGCAGUGGAAGAAGGACGGUGACGAUCACGACUGGUACAAGUGCGGAGAAAAUGACUGGAGCUUUGACGGUUCCACUCACCAUCUUUUGGUUCAGUUUGACCAGAAGCUCACUGGACCUUUCGUGGUCUCUGUAUGA